AUGAACAAUAACAAUUUCAAUAAUACCAAUCCUCAUUUGAAUUCAAAUUUUUCUCAAUAUGAACCACUUCAACAACCAAGCGCCAUAACUGAUUUAGAUGGCGGUCCAUAUCUACGUGGGAGAGAUUCACAGUUAUCGUUACAAGAUCAAUAUUCGACUAAUAAUAAUAAUAGUAGUAACAAUAGCAACAGUAGUAACAUCAACUCAAAUGGCCUACUUCCAAGCGGUUUCACUGAUGUACCUUCUUUAAAUUUUCCUACAACUCCAAACUCCAUCUCCAAUCAACAACAACAACAUCCAAAUAAUAAUUUGCAACAACAACAAUUUGAAACAAAUGGUAUGAGCUAUAAUAAUAACAAUAAUGGCAAUAUAAAUCCUAUGUCUUCUCAAUCUAAUGGAUAUUCUUCUGAAUUUCAACAACCUCAAUCGUUAUUAUAUACCCAUACUAAUAACUCCCAAAAUCUAUUAAAUCAACAACUGCAAGGUCAACAACAACAAGCAGCUUAUUCAUCUCCCACCCAAUAUUCUAUAUCUUCCGAUUAUAAUAACAAUCAAAACUCCAAUACAAAUCCUAAUUCAAUAUUAAACACUGAUACAAUUAGUAGAUCCAACAGCCCCUAUAACCAAAUUACAAACAAUACUGCAUCUUCUCCUGCCAGAAGCAAUACACCUUUACAAUAUUCUACCCAACCAAAUCCAAACUCAAAUUCAAAUAUGACGUCAGUGAGCACUCCUAAUGCACCUGGUAACUCAAAUGGUGCCCAACCAACCUCCAAUCCACAUAACUCAAAUUAUAUGUAUUUUGAAAGAAGGCCUGAUCUAUUACCAAAAUCAAUUCAGGAUAGAGCAGCUGGUGUCAAAUUAAAGAUUGAAAAUUUUUAUCAAUCAUCCGUUAAAUUAGCUAUUGAAAGAAAUCAAAGAAGAAUUGAAUUAGAAAAUGAAUUAAAUUCCUUUAAUUAUUCGAAUGAAAGAAAUUCAAGAAAGCUGAUCUCCUUAGGUAAGAAAGAAUCUCAAUUUCUAAGAUUAAGAAGAACUAGAUUAUCAUUAAAUGAUUUUAAAACAAUUAAAGUCAUUGGCAAGGGUGCAUUUGGGGAAGUUAGAUUAGUGCAAAAGACAGAUACAGGUAAGAUUUAUGCUAUGAAGACUUUAUUAAAGUCUGAAAUGUAUAAGAAAGAUCAAUUGGCUCAUGUUAAAGCCGAAAGAGAUGUCUUAGCUGGCAGUGAUUCUCCAUGGGUUGUCUCAUUAUAUUACUCUUUUCAAGAUAAUCAAUAUUUGUACCUAAUUAUGGAAUUUUUACCAGGCGGGGAUUUGAUGACAAUGCUAAUUAGAUGGCAAAUUUUUACUGAAGAUGUGACAAGAUUUUAUAUGGCAGAAUGUAUAUUAGCAAUCGAAGCGAUUCAUAAAUUAGGAUUCAUUCAUAGAGAUAUAAAGCCAGAUAAUAUUUUGAUUGAUAUUAGGGGCCAUAUCAAACUAUCCGAUUUUGGUUUGUCAACUGGGUUCCACAAGACACAUGAUUCAAAUUAUUAUAAGAAAUUAUUACAGAAAGAUGAAGAAGUAAAAGGAAAUCCGAAUCAACUUUCCAACCCAACCCAAAACCAGAACAAUAAUAACCGCCAAUCGAUGGUUGUAGAUUCAAUUAAUCUAACGAUGUCAAAUAGGCAACAAAUUCAAACUUGGAGAAAGUCACGUAGACUAAUGGCCUACUCAACUGUGGGUACCCCAGAUUAUAUUGCCCCUGAAAUCUUUUUAUAUCAAGGUUAUGGUCAAGAGUGCGAUUGGUGGUCACUUGGUGCCAUUAUGUAUGAAUGUUUAAUUGGUUGGCCACCCUUUUGUUCUGAAACCCCUCAAGAGACAUAUAGAAAAAUUAUGAAUUUUGAACAAACUUUACAAUUUCCUGAUGACAUUCACAUUUCUUAUGAAGCAGAGGAUUUAAUUAGACGAUUACUAACUCAUUCUGAUCAAAGAUUAGGUCGCCAUGGUGGUCCAGAUGAAAUUAAAUCACACCCGUUCUUCAGGGGUGUUGAUUGGAAUUCAAUCAGACAGGUUGAGGCACCUUACAUUCCAAAACUAAGUUCAAUUACGGAUACAAGGUUCUUUCCAACAGAUGAAUUGGAAAAUGUACCGGAUUCUCCUGCUAUGGCCCAAGCUGCUAAACAAAGGGAACAAAUGUUGAAACAAGGUAAUAAUUCUAAUAAUGGAAAUCGUGCAACAAAAGAAGACUUGCCAUUUAUUGGCUACACUUAUUCUAGGUUUGACUAUUUGACAAGAAAAAAUGCCAUUUAA